UCCAAGCCCGGCCCUUCCCCCGCGGGGCCGUGCUGAGCCGAGCGGGGCUGAACCGAGCCGGGCUGAGCUGAGCUGAACCGAGCCGAGCCCCCCCCGCCAGCCCCCGCGCAUCGCCAAGAGGCGCCUCCUCGUGCGACGGCCGCCCCGGAUGGGGGGAGAUGGCAAGUGAGGAGCCUCUGCCCCGCUCGUGAGUCCCUUCCCAGCCACGUGGGAUCGGAGCCGGCACUGGGAGCUGGGGGCAGGACGUGCUAUGGAGCUGAGCCUGGGGGGUGCCUGAAGCCAGCAGAAGGAUGAGGAUGGGGUGGGGGGACGCGGAGUUCCCCAACGGGAGCCUGGCUGCCCGGCCGGACACCUGCUUCGGGGUGGUGAACUUCAGCACCAGCCUCAACGAGACGCAGAGGAAAGCCAUCGCCUCGCCCUGGUUCUCCACCGCCUUCGGCCUCAUCGGGCUCUGCUCCAACCUCUUCGCCCUCUACGUCCUGCUCAGCUCCUCCCGCAAGCUCACCAGCCGCUCCCGCUCCUCCUUCCUCGUCUUCCUCUGCGGGCUGGUGGUCACGGACUUCAUGGGGCUGCUGGUGACGGCCUCGGUCAUCAUCCCCUACCACUUCAUCAAGUUCGACUGGGCCGAGGUGGACCCCGGCUGCCACCUCUGCAACUUCCUCGGCUUCUCCAUGGUUUUCUUCGGGCAGUGCCCGCUGCUGCUGGGGGCCACCAUGGCCGGCGAGAGGUUCUUCGGCAUCAACCACCCCUUCUCCCGCUCCACCAGCAUCUCCAAGCGCCGCGCCUGGUCCAUCGUGGGGAUGGUUUGGGGCUUCUCCUGCCUGCUGGGGCUGCUGCCGGUGCUGGGGCUGGGCCGCUACACACUGCAGUACCCCGGCUCCUGGUGCUUCCUCACCCUCCUGCCCGACACCGGCAACGCCGUUUUCUGCCUGCUCUUCGCCCUGCUGGGCAUCUUCUCCGUGGUGCUCUCCUUCAUCUUCAACACGGUCAGCGUGGUCACGCUCUGCCGCGUCUACCACGACCGCGAGUCCGUGCAGCGGCGGCGGGACAGCGAGGUGGAGAUGAUGGUGCAGCUGGUGGGCAUCAUGAUCAUCGCCACCAUCUGCUGGAUGCCGCUGCUGAUCUUCAUCAUCCAGACCAUCCUGCAGCAGCUGCCGGCCGGGGAGCGCUCCCAGACGCUGCCCACGGAGACGCAGAAGCUGCUGCUCAUCUACAUCCGCAUGGUCACCUGGAACCAGAUCCUGGACCCCUGGGUCUAUAUCCUGUUCCGCCGCGCCGUGCUGCAGCGCGUGCACCCGGGGCUGCGCGCCCGGCCCUCCCUGCUCUCCCUCUACCCCGUCCUCAACCCCUCGCUGCGCCGCAAGCUCGCCCAGGAGGCCCGGCUGCAGUAAUUUUUUUUUUUUUUUUUGGGGGGGGGAUGUAAUUUUGAUGUAAUUUUGGGGAAAUAGGGAUGAUGGUGAGCAGGACCCCCGCCCCGGCUGCAGGAGGUGGGCGCACACAGCCAGGGUGCAGUGGUUUAUUGAUUAGUGCUCUCCACGCCGGGCACCAUGAGGCCGGGGGAUGCGGUGCCCGGUGGGGUAAGGGGGGUGGGAGGCAUGGGGGUGCUCCCCCCACACCCCCCCGUGUGACCCCUCCCCAAUAAAGCGCAGCUUGUGCA